GCUUUAUCUUUUAUAUGUUGGCUGUCAAUUCGUUUGUCGUGAGCGUUCUGUAAGCAAGGAAUGGCGGAAUUGGAAAACAUCCCUAUUGGUGAUUAUACAAAAGCAGGACUGGUAAAGGAAUUACAAGAGUGCAAUAUUAUCAAUACUCGAUUAGAAACAGAGUACCAAAAGCGAGAAAGCGUAGGUCAAACAUGUAGGAAACAUGUUGAAUGGGAAAAAAAAAGUAUAAGCUUUUCAACAGAAAUGUUAGAAAGCAUUGUUGAGAAAGAUAAAUCUGUGUUGGAAGAAGUAGCAAAUCAGUAUCUACAACUAUACGAAUUAAAUGGAUGUGAUAAGAAACUAUGUUCUAAAGACAAUGGUCCAGCCAGUACGACAGCUCAAUCUCAAUCAUCUGAUUGCGACUGUAAAAAGGUUGAAGAGGUCAAAGAUGCUUUACUGAAAUUAUUAAAGGACAACUUUGAGCUAUGUGGUAAAUUGAAGGAAAACAUCAGGGUAUUCCGUGUAACGGCCAAGUAUUAUCCAGAUCAGGCAUCUAUUCCCAGUGGCCAAGAGGUUGUAACACCGGCAAUAAUUAGCGAACUGGUGGAGGAUAUUUGUAAAGAAAUGGACAAGAUAUUGAUGAAUUGUAAAAAGCUAUGGGAUGGUGUAGAUCGUUCUUCAGGUCAUCUUCGUGAUAGUGGAAUCGGAAACGGACUUUCAGAUUCGUUUGACUCAUUGGCGAUAAAUUCGAAUGCGUCUAAUGAAGAUAUCUGGAACGGUGUGAAUGUGAAUUCCAGACACCGAUCAGCUAGUGAAAACACAGACAACCAAACAGAUGUAAAAUCAUUCGAAUAG